UUGAGUCACCAGUGGUAGUUCACUAGUUUUUCUUUUUGCACCAGAAAGAUAAACAAACUGUAAAGACCACGGAUAAGGUGUGUAUUCACUUCUCGGAACAUUCAUAUUAAAUUGUUGCAUAUAUUGCUGCUACAUCGAGUUACUCAAGUUGCUAGGUUUUACCGCCUGGAUACGAAAGGCAUAAAUUUGACCCAGAUAUCAUCGCCGUGUGGGAUUUGCUUUGCGGGACGUUUCGGCAGUUUCGUUCUGUUUUUAGUCGAUCCAGAAUUUGUUUGUCAGUUGUUGACAGUUGAUCCUUACAUUGGAUACUGUUUUUUUCAUUCACGUCGUUUUUCAAACCAAGUAUGCUGAUAACAUCCCGAUAUGACAGUAAACGGAAAUUUUAUCUCAGUUUGACGAACGCUAUACAAACUGGAAGUGUAAUAGUAAAAGCGGGCUGAUUAUUUGGUAUCGAUGGACAGCUAAAAAAAAAGAGAAAAAAAGAGAAGGAUUUCCUUGAUUAUUUAUAAUUAAUUAACCAACAAUCAUGGCUUUUGUAGCAGAUACAGGCUACGUUGACGGAUCAUGGGAACUUACUAUAACUGUUACGGAUUUGCAAGUGGAGAAACGACUACGAGUGAAGGGUGAUCUUCACAUUGGAGGUUUAAUGCUGAAGUUAGUUGAAGAACUGGAUAUUGCCCUAGACUGGUCUGACCACGCACUAUGGUGGCCCGAUCGGAACAUGUGGCUCACCCGCACCAAGUCGACACUCGACCAGUACGGGGUGCAGGCCGACGCCAAACUACAGUUCACACCGAUGCACAAGAACCUCCGCAUUCAACUGCCAGAUCUCCAGGUCCUCGAAAUGAGAGUCGACUUUUCCGUGCGAGUUUUCAAGGCCAUUGUGUAUCUCUGCAAAGAACUAGGAAUCCGCCACCCUGAAGAGCUGUCGAUAAUGAGGAAAGUAGACAAAGAUGACAUAAAGCGGGUCGUCAAGGAGGCAGUGAAGAAGAAGAAGAAGGGCGACAGCGAUCCGGCUAAUUUAUCCGUUAACGGAACUCACCACCACAACUCGUCCGGCAGUCUAGAUGGAAAACUUAGUCCGUUCCCUAACCGAAGCCCCAUAGGUCCUUCCCCAUCUAACACACUAGUACGAUCUUCCACAGGGAGUCCAUAUAAUUUGUCUAUGAAUUCGCCAUAUAACACUUUCAAUGGGACAUUAUCUCCAGGAUCAAUGUACAGCCUGUCAUUCGAGGGUAGCAUGGAGUCCUCUCUUGCUAACAGCCCUCCAGUUCCUGCCAAGGAAGCGUUUCAAUAUCUGUAUAGGCCAAAGAAUUUUGUAGAGCGAGCUAGGAUAAACUGUGCAUGGCUUGAUUCUUCACGGUCAAUGAUGGAACAGGGUAUCAAAGAAAAUGAUUACAUCAUGCUGAAAUUCAAAUUUUACUGCUUCUAUGACCUAAAUCCCAAGUAUGACGCUAUCCGGAUCAACCAGAUUUAUGAGCAGGCGAAGUGGGCGCUCAUGGCGGAGGAGAUUGACUGUACAGAGGAGGAAAUGAUGAUGUUUGCAGCACUGCAGUUUCAAAUCCAGCUCCAGUCUGGUCUGCCGCAGCCGGACCUGGAUCACUCGACGAUGAACCACACAGAGGAUGACGACAUCGAUGCCGCUCUGAAAGACUUGCAGGAAUCAUUGGAGGGCUCGUCCGUCUCGUCCCCGGGGGACAUCACGCAUAUACCGGAACUCUCAGACUACGUCAGAUUCUUAAAACCAAAAAAACUGACACUGAAGAGUUACAAGAGAUACUGGGCGACAUUCAAAGACACACACAUUACGUUCUACAGAACGAGGGACGAAAACACAGGUCCUCCCGUCAUGAGAAUAAACGUUAAGGGAUGUGAGACCCAGCCUGAUGUAAACCUGACGUCUAAGAAAUAUGGAAUCAAGCUGUUUGUUCCUGGUUCAGAAGGCAUGCAGGAGAUCUACCUCAGGUUUGAACUGGAGGAGCAGUACUGUAAGUGGAUGGCUGCAUGUAAGCUGGCGUCGAAGGGCAAGACAAUGGCCGACAGUUCGUAUGAAGGGGAAGUGAAGACUCUUCAGAAGUUCCUCAGUAUGCAGCACCUGGACGUGUCUCGCACCAUCAACCCCAGUGACGUGACCAUCCAGGCAGACGACUUCAUCGCACCUCGCUUCUUUAAGAAAAUCAAAGCUAAAUCGCUGGUGCAGAGGAUAAUGGAUGCCCACGGAAAUGUUCAGGACCUGAGUCUGGUUGAUGCCAAGCUUGCCUACAUCCAUGCCUGGCAGUCCCUACCAGAAUUCGGAAUCACGUACUUUGUCAUAAAAAUGUCAAACAGCAAAAAAGAGGACCUGAUGGGUAUUGCGAGUAACCGCAUUAUCCGAAUGGACUUGAGUACGGGCGACUCUAUUAAGACGUGGCGGUACAACACGCUGCAGUCAUGGCACGUCAACUGGGAGGUGGACAACGUGAUCCUCGACUUCGAGGAGGGCAAGGUCACAUUCGCCAGCAUGGGGAUCCCAUGCAAGGUGAUCCAUGAGUUCAUCGGAGGCUACAUCUUCCUCUCCAUGAGAUCCCAGGAGAAAAACCAGUCACUGAACGAGGAACUCUUUCAGAAGUUGACCGGAGGAUGGUCCUGAGAGAAAAUGUCAAAAAAAAAAAAAUUGGGAGGAAGUCGUUCAUGCAAAUAAUAGUGCCUAUAUCUGAAUGUGAUUGCCAUGGAAACCACCAGUUUUGUAGUAGAGUUGUUAUCUUGUUUGUCGUCCAGCUGUGUGUUUGGCAGCAGUUUCUAUUUGAAGAUGCUCGUUGUUAACUAAUAACUGUUUAAAGUCUAUGAAAUUAACUGCAUUCUAUUGAUUGCCUUUCUUGGGCCAUCUACUAAAUUAUGAUUUAUACCUAAUUAGUACAUCUGUAGCAAAAUACACAAUCUUGAAUGGCCUGACAAUUAAGUGAAAAUACAGGUUAUAUUUACGGUACUUGAAAUCAAUGAAUUAUACAACAGUUUAUAAAGAAUAUCAUCUUUGUUAGAAUUUUUGGUUUACAGUUUAAGAAAUUUUAUUUGGUUGGGUUUUGAAUUUUAUAAUUAAUACAUUUACCAAUUUAUCAAAUUAUUUGAGCAUCAUUUUGAAAUUAAUAUAAUGGAUAUGGCAAUCAAAACAAGUUGUUUAUAGCUUUUAAGAAAUAAAGAUAUUAUAAAUAAACUAUUUAAUUCUCUGUUUUUACUAGUUUCCGAUCUAAUUUUUAAAGAAUUAUGCUGUUUAUGCAUGUAAGGCCUAAAACUGGCAUUCAAAUUGUAUACUUGUCAAACUCAUAACAUAACAUGGCAGAUGUAUCUAUUAUUCAGUGCUAAUGUGUAUGAUAUAAAAUUAUAGUGUGCUUAUUUAACAUGUAGCCUAAUUACCAGUACAGAACUUCCAUAACAGUAGUUAUGGAUUCACAAACACUGGUUUGAUAUUUAUAUACAAUUCCAUCUUGCUGAAUGAUGACACAAGAAGCUGUUCAGACUGUGUUCUACGAGGUGGAAAGUUGUCAGAUUCUGCAUAAUGGAACUAUUAUAAAACGAAAACGAUGUGUAAGUCAGUAAAUAAAAUUAUUGAACUUACUUGCAGAAUUAAAAUGUUUUGAAAUGAUGUUUGACAAAAAGUGCUAUUACCUCAAACAAAAACACCAUUUCCAGUGCCAAGACUUUAUUCUGUGUUAUAUGGAAUGGAAAAGUUGACUAAUUUGAAAAACAAGAAGUGGAAUCAUGAACACAUGAAAGUGUCAAGAAUAACUGAAAAUGAGGAUGAUGAGAUUGAAAAUAACACCAUGAAAGUAUCUUCAGUUACCUGCAGAGAUAGUAGUCAGUUGUGUUUCUUGUGUGUUUGCCAUCUUUCUGUAACACUGCUGUGAGAUUAAUGACACAAGGAAUGGCUUUUUUAGUGCGGGGAAACAAAAUUUCCAACACUAUUUAUUCACAAAAUGAAUACAGUCCUGUGUUCAACUGACACUAGUGCUUGGUCACAUUAUAGAUUGCUUGUGGGCCUCGAUGUUUCACUUAGCAUGAAUAUAAUGGAGCAGAAAUCGGUUAAAUUGUUGGCAGGUGCUCAUGAUAAAACCUAAAUAUUGAAAGCAGCCCAGUUUUGGUAGUAUAUGAAGACAAUGUAAUUAGCUUUAUGUAUCCAGUGUGUUGCAGUGUAGAACGUUGGAUCAUUACAGUGCAGGUCAGUUUGCAAAUGUACAUGGCAUUGGCAUUGCUUGUUACAGCAGAAGUCAGUUUGCAGAUAACUAUGUGGAAAAUGUUCUCAUUCACAGAUACAUCUUGGUGAUGUGCUAAGGAAUAUGGUAUUAACAGUAAUGGAUCAAUAACAAGCCGAGUUCCUAGAAUGUGUUACUGCUGUGGAAACAUUUGUGUCUGUGAUAAGCUGGAUCAUCCACUGUAGCUGCAGUUGAUUGGGAGAACAACAGUCUGGUAACCUGCCAUGCAAAAAGGUUCAUUGGAAUAAACAUCAGAACAUGCACAUUUGAUUUAUGUGCAAAAACGGGACAUCAGUUACAUGUAAAGAGGAAAAGAUGGAAGAGGGAUAACUGAUUUUGUAACAAGCACAAAAAAUGGCAGGCGAAAGUGUAUGUCAGGCAACAGUAACAAUUGUAGAUGUGAGAUUCAGUUCCAUAAAGACUUCAAUUCCAAGGAUGUAAGCAUUGUCAUGUUUGCUAGCUCUGUCUCCACCAUUCUUCAGAGCAAUUACAGAGUAUUGAUAAUGUUACCUCUAUGUUAAUACACUGUGCUUCCAGAAAAAGAUUCAUUUCCAUCAAGACCAUAAUAUUCCAAGGAUGUAAGCUUGCUGUGCAUUAUCAUAUUUGCUAACUAUGACCUUACCAUUACACCAGUUACCUAGACAUGGCAUGUGGUCACAGGAUUGGAAAGCUUUUGACAACCUUUUGCUAAAUGUAUUGUUCAUCCUCCAAUCUGGUGUGCAACUGAGAUGAAAAUCCUGCCAGGUUUUUCACAAUUCCAGAUCUUAGCACUAACCAAAAUCUUGCUGAUCUUGGUUUUUGAUGCUGAAAAGUUCACAGAAACCUCAUCAUUUUCAAAUGCUUUGAAUGUUUUUAGGAUUUUUUAGUCCAAUGUUGUUUUCAUCUCUCUGUAACAAAACAUUUUUGAAAACCAACAAAAUCAACAACAAUACCAUUGUAAAUUGGAGAUGAAUAAGGAUUUUCAUAGUGGAAUGUGUUGUGAUCUGAUUAACAGUCCAUAGUAAAUUCUGAAAUUCAACCAUCACACUGAGAACAUAAAAGACCUAAGACCACCACUAUUGCAUUGUUCUUAACAUAGAUGCGGCCAUAUGUUGUUGGUGUUACUUUGGCCAUUCGAUUCAGGAGAUUUUAUUCAGAACAUAAUGGUGUCAACAGUUAUGGUGUCAACAAGACUGCAGGAACAGCCUGCAUUAAACACAGUUUGGUGGAUUCAUAAAUCAUUCAGAUGAGACUGCUUAAUGAUUUUAUAAAUAUCUCAUUAAUGAUACAACCCAUUGAUUUUGUGGAUGAUGAUAGUUUUAAUAGGAUUGUUGAUAAAUGCAAGGAAUUGAUCCCCAUCACUUUGUACUACAGUGUCUUCUUUUACAUGCAGAACUAUUACAGACACCCACCAUUAUUAAAGGAAACAGACUUCAUGUGUACAUGUAGGUGUGUAUUUUAACAUUUACAAAUACGAAACGCUGAUUAAUACAUGUUUUAAAUAUAUUUUAUUCUGAAAAACAGAAUUGGAUUGGCUAACAGGGAUAUAAAUCCUAGUGUUGAUGCCAGUUUCCCAAUACACCAAUAAUACUGAGUUUAUAUUACAGUCAAAGUAUUGGUAAUAUAAAGUUGUAUGAAACAAUUAUAUGAAUAGAUUUAUUAUGCUGAUUUGUACAAUCCAAACAGAUUUUUGCUUAAUCAUGCAGACUAUAUAUGUAUCAAGAUAAAUGUGUAUAGGACAAUAAUGUAUAAGCUCUGUAGAAAGUUGUUUAUUUUGUUGAAUUUGUAACACUGGCAAACUGAUUUUUGCUUUUGUUGUUGAUUUUAUUGAUUGAAAGCCAAAUGUAUGUAUGUAUGUAUGUAAACUCGUCGCAUUGCAUGUUGUUGUUACAUAUUGACAGAUAAAUAUUGAGUUAUUUAUACAUGGAAUUUGUAUGGCAUGAUUAAAGUGUCAGCUAUGUGGUAGUUUAAACAUGACACAAACCAAAACCUAGCAGUUUGAUUGGCUUUGCUUUUAAAAAUGAGCUCGUCAAUAAAACUAUGGCUUUGAUUGGUUCAUUUUUUAAAGCCAGGCAUUUUCAUUGGUUGGGCUUAUGGGGAAUGUUCAAAAUGGUGCUGUGUGUAAAUUAACUUGUUGCAUAUAUACUAUUUGGAAGCUCUGUACAUUUUUCUUCUUCUAGAUACCCGGUAUGUAUAGACAGCAGAACAAAAAGUGCAUUUGAUAGCAAAAUUGUUAAAACCUAAAGCAUUUAGAUAUGAAUCUUGUUAUUUGUUGCUUUGAAAUAGUUAAUAUAUAUUUAACUUUAGAGGCCUGCAUCCCCUUUCCUAUCCAUGUGUCAGUAUGUGCAGUAUUUGUAAUUAGUAGAAUCAUGUAAAUAAUAUAAUUUAUACAGUGACUAUAGGGCACUAACAAUAUCCAUUUCAGUCUUUUCCACAUUAAACUUCUCUGUCAUCUUAUGUCUUCUCUAAAAUGAGAAAAUGGUAGCUUCUUUAUUAGACUUUUGUUACUGUAAACCUCUGAAAAGAAUUAAAAGGAGAAAUAUUAUGGAACCCAAAACAAUGUUCUAAACAUCAAAGGCCUUACACUAUAUAAUUCUGUUAUAGUAUUUCAAACAUGAAUAAUGUACAUUUAAUUCCUUAGCUCUGUUCAUUGAUAAUUGACUUGUGAAAUUAUUUAACCCAUAUUUUUAUGUUUUUGGUUAGAUGUUUCCAACUUUCACUUAAAGUUGUACUGUGGUUUAUUUUUAAAAGUGUUUUCAAUAUAAUAUAUUACUCUACAUGUACGGACAAGUUAAAAUGAAGUCCAUUGCAUUUAACUAGAUAAAUACCGUAAAACCUGCUGGGGAUGUUACUUUAAUUUCCAAAAUUAGCGGUCCAAUUCUUCAUUUAGGUAAUAACCUGCUUGGGUAAUGACAUCCUUUUAUUGUUUCAACAGCAGGCUUUGAAAAUUAGUUUACAUCAUUUUGCAUUUUGCAUCAUUUUCUCAGAUACCUCAUAACAAUGAACACUUAAUCUCUACUUAUAUUGAAUAUAUUUUCUUUUACUGUAAGUUGCUGUAUUUCUGCUAGAUAAGAUUUGUGUGGUUCUUGCUUUUGGAACAAUAUUUUGUCUUAAACCAGUUACUAGCAGACAUUUAUAUCAAUAUCAUUCAAGAUCGCUAAGGUAUUACCAGACGCCCAUCAGUAAAAAUGAAAUGUUAUGAAUGGGUUUUUAAUUUUAUCUUCUGUAUCGUUCUCAAGUCACUUAACACUUAAUUUCUAGUUUUAUUAUUUUACUUCAUUUGAGAAAAAUAUAUGUAAUACAUGAAUCAUUGAUUUUAUCGAUACCAAGUAUCUUAAACAGUACUAGAAGCAUGCAAGUGUUUCUGUUUUUAGAGUAAUUCUUCUUUUUGUUUAAAUUAUGGAAAAAGAAAGAAAGAAAAUAAACAUAUUUCUUUAUUGUUGGACAACAGAACAUGAUUAUAAAGUCUUAAUAUUUUGAAUUCAGUUGUCAUCAUUUUAUAAGUUUGGAAGAAGUCAAACAAUUGAAUUAAUUAUACAAAGUCAAAUUACAUGUAUUAGCAAUGUUUGUAAUUUUAGAGCUUGUGACACAUAUAACAUGUUCUGCUUCCUAAACACCCAUUAAUUUUUUUAUUCUGUUAUCAGUUUGUAAUAUAUGAACUUUUAAUUAUAUGCAAUUUAAAUGUUGCCUUUCAAAACAAAAACCCAUUUACACCUAACCAUGUAUGAAGUUUUGUAUUUUAUUGUGUUUUCCAAUAAUAUCAUGUGUGAUAUGUUGAUAUAUAAACCUCUUGAGUGCCUCAUCAAUUGAUAUUUGUUUAGUUUAAUAGCAGUCAUCAUUUAUUGUAAGUUCUCACAAUAUUUACACUUUUAUUAUUUUCUUUAUAUAGUAAUGCUUCUAUCAUCAUAAAUUAUUAUAGCUGUUAAUUCUUUCACUCUUGAUCAGUACAAAAUUAGCCAUUGUAUCUAAGUCUUAACAGUUAAUGUUAAUUAUAAUAUUCAUGCUAUAAUGCAGUCCUGCAAUAUUCAUAGUUGUUGAAGACCAUCGAUGAAUAUUGUUAAUUAAUUUACAGUAUAAGUAAACAUGAGUAAUGCUAUAAAAAUAAUUAUGACUUUUGUAGAAGUAAUAAUUUGGUAAAUAUAUUUAAUAUAAAUAUUUUCUAUACUGGGGAUCUUAUUUUAUUUAUUUCCUUUUCCCCCAUAGAAUGUCAACAAGUAGCAGCUAAGAUGCAAGGCAGAGGGGUAUUUUUAAUAAUGGAAAAUUGUUUUUAAAAAAAACAUUGUAUGCUGCGAUCUUGUUAUUUUAAAUGUUAACUAUCUAGCUACUUAAAAUGUAUUUCAACUACAGGAUGAUUCAGUGUUGAUUACAAAUGAAUAUAAGAAAACUACUACAUUUCCAACUAGUUUAUAAAAUUUGCUUCGUACACCUGACAACUAGUUUGAACCUUGAAAUUGGUCUCUAUGAUGAUAAUACUUCAUGUUUUAGUUGGUUAAGCAUUACAGUGGGCCUCUUACAGUUGUGUACAUGUCUUCCUAUUAAAUAAAUACAUAAAUACAGUUUAA